GAACAAUUUCACAGGAGGAAUUAUUUGCCGCACAGUUGUGUGGUCAGUUGACAGCUCCUCAGCUGAGCGCCCUUGCUGCAGUCUACCAUCAGCAGCAACAACAACAACAGCAGCAGCAGCAGCAACAACAACAACAACAGCAACAACUUCAACGUUCUGGUGGAAUUCAAGGCGGUCCGUAUGCGCAGGCGCUGGCUAGUGGGGCGAAACCAUCCACUGUUUCGCCUACAUUCUCUUUGGGCCCAAUGGGAAACCCGGGUGGACCGACAGUCAGCGUUUCGGUUUCAGGAAGUGGAUCUAGUCACACAAGUCGCUCCAUUCAACAAGCCUCGUCAGGUUCUCAUGCGCAUCAUCAAAAAAGACCACCAAGUAGACCCACUCAAUAUUCUUCCAAUGUGGGUGCUCCGACAACUGGAGGUCGACCACCGUCUGCUUCGCAACAAUCAAUACCUCAACAUGCUCACCAGCGUGGUCAGAGCGGUGCCUAUGGUCAUGGGCAUACAGCGCACUUGGGCGCUUCCAUGCAUUUACCCGGGUCCGCUUUACUUGAUCCUAACUCGGCUGCUUUACUUGGUGCGCAUGGUGCAAUCGCAGUCUGUCGAUCACCGUCUGUGCAUCACACAACCUCUGUGCCGGUUGCAUCACCGUCUCCUUCGCCUGGACCUGCGGUGGCCUAUCAGGGACGUCGUUCACAGCUUGCACCUCCGUCGGUACAUUCCAACAAGCGACCACGCCUGACCAGUGCCAUUCAGCAUCAGUCUCCGCAGCACAAUUUACCCGCGGGAUCUAUUGUAUGUCAGGCUUCAAACACAUCACUGGCUGCCGGAAUGGAGGCUCUCAUGUCGAGCGCUGUUGCCACAAAAGCUAUCGCCAGUCUUGCCUCGAAUCCGAAUUUUCUGAACCCGGGGGCAUAUGCUUCGGUUACCGAAGUGGCUGCCGCAGCGCUAACUCCACUGUUUUCAGCUGCCGCAUUUUCCGGUGCAGUCCCAUCUUCACCGUCUGCAACUAGUCAGUCAAACGCAUUUCAAUCGCAUCUACCGGUACAUCAUCCGCGUCCGUCUAGUGCGACUGCUGGAGUUGGCCCACAAUCAAUGUCGCAUGCACUGCACCAACAGCAGCAGCAGCAGCAGCAGCAGCAGCAACAACAACAACAGCAAUCUCAACAAACCCAAACAAAUACUGUGCAAACUCAGCAGAUGCAAGCACAACAACAACAACAGCAGCAGCAACAACAACAGCAGCAACAGCAACACGUUAUGCCCUCGUCUACCGGAUCGUUUAUCAAUCCAUUGGCUAGCAGUCGGGCAAACUACUCCCACGUACCUGCAGGAACACCAUCGCAUCAAAAUGCGUCAGGAAACACAAACUUUACUGGCCAGUCGACGAUCUCGGCUCACCCCAGUUCGAACGCUCAUUUGAGCACAAAGACAACUCAUAUGCCCGCCAAUUUACCACCAGUGGCAUCUCGUCUGCCAUCUGGACAUUUGCACCAUCCAUCGCAUCAUCUAGGAACCACUCACCCGACCCCCCACACUUUUCACGGUACAUCUCACGGAGUUUCACAGUCCGGAACACCUCAUCAUGUUCUGGGACAUACGAACUUACCCCAGGGUAGUGGAGUGCUGAGACAGCAAACAAAGGAACCAGCGUAUCACCCACAAUCACUGAUCUCGGAGAAUCGUCAACGUGCAAGACAGCACCAUUUGAUCUUUCAACCGCUCUGUGGUCCGCAUGUCAAAGCGUCCCCGUAUGCUUUACCCCUCUACCGACAACCAUCGGAUCUGGCUAGUCUUAGGGCUAUUCGAUCCGAUUUUCGUCAUCGUUUCCGUUCGAAACUGUUGCACUAUCUACGUCGACGUCGUCGUGCCGAACAGUGUCGUAUUCGAUUCUUGGCUCAACAGUAUGCGCAUCAUUCUGCGAUUUUCACGAAGAAAAUGGAGAAGCUUUUCAACAGUAGCAAACGUCGACAACGUGACCUUCGUCACAGGGACAUAUUCGAAAAAGCUUUGCCCGAGGUAAAACGAAAUCGUGAGGACAGAGAGAUAAGUGCAUCCGAAGGAACUCGGCCAGUGUCAACCGACGGAGGUAGAUGUUCUCAUUGGUUAUUUAUCUUAGCAUGCUUAUCUAUUGUCCCUCUCCGAUGUGCUUGUAUCCUGUUUUAA